UCAGGGUUACAGUAGUGAGGUGAAUCAAACUGGGGCAAUAGCUAUAGUUUUGCGAGGAUGGCUGCAGUCAAGUAGACAACUGCUUGUCGGGAUUUGUAUGAGCGAUUUUCUGCUCCGCGCAUCACCACCGACUCUUAAAUUUUUAUUUUUCAUUUUAAAUGAAUGUGGAGAAGAGAAUGGAAAAGGAUUUACUUCCACCGAUAUCAGCUCUAAAGGGCGACUGGGAGAUGGAAUAAUGAUGAAGCUUAAUCGGUGGGAGAAAAUGUUUUCUCUACCCAGCAUCUUUCUGCUUUUCCAUUUUGUUCUCUCCUUCUUCCUCUGUUUCCCAUCAACUUAUGCCCAGCUCCUGUCAGAACCUAAAGCAGGACAGGGGCUGCUGCUCUUCACGCAGCCUGCCUAUAAUGCCUCCAUUUUUGAGAACUCUGCUGCAAGAACGUAUACCAGAAGUGAUGUCAAGAUGGGCAUAAUUCUCGGACCACCAAGGACUUUAGACAUUAAAUAUUCUAUUCAGUCUGGAGAUGGUGAAGGCAUCUUCCAGACUGAACAGUUCGUAAUGGGAGAUUUUUGUUUUCUUCGGAUAUGCACGAAUGGAGGCAGCGGUGCAACAUUAAAUCGGGAAGUACAGGACAAUUACACCCUGACAGUAAAGGCAUCUGUCAAAGGAGGUCUGGAGGCUUUAACCAUAGUAUAUAUCAAGGUCCUUGAUACAAAUGACCUUCGCCCCCUUUUCUCCCCUACCUCUUAUUCAUUUGUUGUUUCUGAAAGUGCCCCCCUGGGUGCCAGUGUUGGCCGUGUCACAGCCACAGAUGCUGAUGUGGGCUCCAAUGGAGAGUUCUACUACUUCUUCAAGAACAGAACAGACCUAUUUGCUGUUCAUCCAACCAGCGGAGUCAUCACCCUGACAGGUCGACCCAGGAUGGACAAACAAGACCGAUAUGAGCUGGAGGUCCAGGUGGUCGACAGAGGAAUGAAACUGUAUGGAAACAACGGUAUCAGCAGCACUGCCAGGCUGGUCAUAAAGGUGGAGCAGAUUAAUGAAUUUGCCCCUGUUCUCACUGCAGCUGCCGUUGUUCCAUCAUGGGAAGACAAGGACCCAUUCUAUGUAAUAGUGACUGUAGAGGACAAAGAUGAUGGGGUGUCCGGGGAGAUAGAGUGGGUGUCCAUCAUAGAGGGUGACACCUAUGAACAGUUUGUGCUGGAUCGAUCGCCUGUUGGGCAUGAGUACAGGGUGAAAGCAUCAGAACUGGUCAACUGGGAUGCAUUCCCCUAUGGCUGCAACUUAACUUUCCAGGCUAAAGACAGGGGCAUACCUCCUAAGUUUUCCAAUACCCAAGUUGUUCAGUUGUUGGUUACAAAGCCAGAGCCUGUGCCGGCGAAUUUCGAGAAAGAUGUUUAUGUAGUCAAGCUGAGUGAAAUUGCUCCCCCAGGCACGAUAGUAGAAGUGGUGAAAAUCUCCCCAGCUCCAGUGAGUGUCAAUUACAGCUUCAGCAGCCUUUCAGAUCCAAUGUACUUUGAUAUAAAUCCUUUGACUGGUGUUAUCAUGACCAUAAAGCAGCUGACAAAGAUAUCACAAGAUUUCAUCAUAAUGGAGGUACUGGACAUUAUUAGCCAGCAGCGAGCAAGCAUCCAUAUUACCAUAGAGGAUGCCAAUGACAACUCUCCUGUAUUCAACAAGCCAUCCUAUGACAUUGCAGUCAAUGAGAGCUUGCCUGUCGGUUCUGUAGUCCUUGCAGUGUCUGCUGUGGAUGCUGACAAAGGAGAGAAUGGGUAUGUUACUCACACCAUCAGUGGUGAGCCAAGUCUUCCAUUCUCCAUAGAUCAGGACACAGGAGAGGUGAGAAUCACAAAGGAUUUAGACUUUGAGUCAUCAGAUGAUAUCUAUACUUUCGCAGUGCGGGCGUCUGACUGGGGUUCACCCUACAGGAGAGAGAGUGAGGUGAAUAUCACCAUUCGAGUGAUAAAUAUCAAUGACAACCAGCCUCUUUUUGAGAGGGUGUCUUGCAGAGGGAUGAUAAGCCGUGAUUUCCCUGUCAAUCAGACUAUUGUCACACUGUCUGCUGUAGACAUGGAUGAACUUGAAAUGGUGAUGUACAAGAUACUGUCUGGAAAUGAGUUAGAUUUUUUCAACAUAAAUCCAGAUUCAGGUGCUCUGUCAUUGAAAAAAUCCUUAGUAGUGGAUAGUUUAAAAAGUGGGAAUUUCAAUCUGAAGAUAGUAGCAACGGAUGGAGAGCUGUUCUCUGAUCCUACAUUUGUGAAUGUAUCAGUGGUAAGAGGAAGGAUGCCAGCUAAGGGGUUCGACUGCAGGGAGACUCGGGUAGCCCAACUGUUGGCAGAAAAAAUGCUUUCUAAAGCUUCUGCUAUGGCGAGAUCAAGAUCAGAUGAGAGAUACGUGGACCUCUUCUCUGCAAACAAACAGGCUCCACAGUUUGAGGCCUUACCAACAAGCAUUCUGGUGAGAGAGGACCUUGCUGCAGGUGCGAGUGUAUUUCAGGUACGAGCACGAGAUGGCGACACGGGCUUCAACGGACACGUGCUGUUUUCCAUUUCUGAUGGCAACAAAGAAAAUAGCUUCAAUAUCAACAUGGAAAAUGGGUUGAUAACUGUACUACAGCCACUGGACCGUGAGCGAUUGGACCGUUACUUUCUUAAUAUCACCAUCUAUGACCAGGGGGUACCACAAAUGUCCAACUGGAGACUACUGACUGUGAUCAUCGAGGACGCAAACGACAAUGACCCUCAGUUUUAUCAGGACAGCUUCUCAGCCCUUGUUUCCGAAAACGCGGCCAUCGGCAUGGAAGUCAUUACCAUUACUGCCUUUGACAUAGACAUGGGUCCUAAUGGACAGCUGUCCUACGUAAUGUUGACCAGUAUCCCUCAGUUUGGUAUUGACAGUGAAACUGGAAGCGUAUUUGUUGCAAGCCACCUGGACAGAGAAGCAUUCCCAAUUUUCACACUGAAGAUUGAAGUGAGAGACAAAGCUGAGAGAGGCACUCGAAGGUCAUCAGUGACCACUUUAAGCAUAAUACUGGAAGAUGUCAAUGAUUGCUCUCCAGCUUUUAUUCCUAACAGUUAUAAUGCCCGAGUAUUAGAGGACCUCCCACCAGGGACAGUAAUUACCUGGGUUCAAGCUCAGGACCCGGACAUCGGUCCUGGUGGACAAAUCCGAUACUCCUUGACUAAUGACUUCAACGGCACUUUUGAGAUCGAUGCCAUCAGUGGAGUACUGAGGAUUAGGAAGGAGUUGGAUUUUGAGAAGCAACAAUUUUUCAAUCUGACAUUGCUUGCUGAAGACAGAGGCAUACCCAGCCUCCAGAGCCAGACAUUUGUGGAAGUAGAGGUGGUGGAUGUCAAUGAGAAUUUGUAUGCACCCUACUUCCCUGACUUUGCUGUGAGGGGCUCAGUGAAGGAGAACUCUCGUGCAGGAACAAGUGUCCUGACAGUCAGCGCGAAGGAUGAUGACAAGGGACGAGACGGUGUGCUGAGGUACUCUGUCCGUGGAGGCAGCGGCCUGGGCACUUUCACCAUUGACGAAGACACAGGGGUGAUUUACACCGCCGGUAUUCUGGACUGUGAGUCCAAAGACUCGUAUUGGCUGACUGUCUAUGCGACAGACAGAGGGGUUACACCCCUGUCUGCUUCUAUUGAGGUCUUCAUACAGGUGGAGGAUGUCAAUGAUAAUGCUCCCCUCACCUCAGAUCCUAUCUACCACCCAGUCAUCAUGGAGAACUCUCCAAAGGAUGUGUCAGUCAUCCGUAUUCAGGCACAAGACCCUGACCUCACUGCCACGCCCAGCCGGCUGAGCUAUCGGAUCUCUGCAGGCAACCCGCAGAAUUUCUUCUCCAUCAAUCCCAAAACAGGUCUGAUUACAACAACUGCAAGGAAACUGGACAGAGAGCAACAAGCGGAACACUUUUUAGAGGUGACAGUUAUUGAUGGCCCAGUGACGACCCGCCAGUCCACUGUGUGGGUCAUAGUUCACAUCGAGGAUGAAAAUGACAACAUGCCCACGUUCCCGGAGGUCACCUACCGCAUCAGCCUGCCCGAACGAGACCGCAACAAACGCGGUGAACCCGUCUACCGCGUCUUCGCUUAUGACCGUGACUUUGGGGCCAAUGGCAAUAUCACCUACAGCAUAAUAGAUGGUAACGAGGAUGAAAAGUUCAGCAUUGAUCCCAGGACGGCGAUGGUGUCGUCAAAGAAAAUGGUGACAGCGGGCAGCAAUGACAUCCUCACCAUAAAAGCAGAGGACAGUGGUGAUCCCCCAUUAUGGUCAACCGUCAAGCUCCACGUGGAAUGGAUCCGUAAACCCGUCCCUUCCACACUGCCCUUGGUGUUUACCCAGAGGCACUACAACUUCUCAAUUUCAGAGACGGCUGUGGUCGCCCAGCCGGUGGGAGUUGUGGCUGUCAGCCAGUCAAGCACACCUGUCUGGUUCAAUAUCAUUGGGGGACGUCUCGCCAGAGAAAUGUUCUACAUCCCGCAGAAUGCGUGUGGAAGGAACUGCUCACUUGACACAGGGAGCUUUGACAUGCAGUUUGACCUUCAAGUGGGGGUGGGGACUCUGGUCGUGGCCAAGCCCCUGGAUGCGGAGGUGCAAUCUGUGUACAACAUGACGAUACAAGUGACAGAUGGGACCAACUUUGCCACAGCGCAGGUGUUUAUUCGAAUACAGGACAGCAACGACAACCCUCCAGUUUUCUCACAGCCGGCGUACGACGUCAGCGUCUCCGAGGACGUGCCCGUCGACAUGGAGCUGCUGCGGGUCCGAGCGGCGGACAUGGACGAGCGCGCCCGCCUGAGCUUCUCCAUCUACGGCAGCGUGGACCCGGCCAGCAUGCGGCUGUUCAGGGUCAAUCCCGGCACCGGAGUCGUCUACACUGCUGACAGACUGGACUAUGAGGCCAGAACGCAGCACAUCCUCACUAUUAUGGUCAAGGAUCAGGAGUUUCCAUUUAACCGCGACCUGGCUCGUAUCCUGGUGGCGGUGGAGGACUCCAACGAUAACAUCCCCUUCUUCACGAGCACCAUAUAUGAUGCCAUAGCUUAUGAAACUUCUCCUACAGGCACUUCUGUACUGCAAGUGACAGCAUUAGACAAAGACAACGGCAUUAAUGGGCAACUCACCUACACAAUGGAAGCAGGAAAUACCGGUGGCGUAUUUGGCAUUGAUAAUGCCACAGGCCUUAUCGUCAUCGCCAGGGACCUGGACCCCACCUUGGUGGGAUUUUACACCCUCACCGUGCGCGUAUCAGACAGCGGAUUUCCUCCACUAAUGGCCACGGCUUCGGUUCGAAUAUCCUUGGUGCUCUCUGACUCCUCUAAGCCCAAAUUCUCUCAGAAGGAGUAUCAAGCUGAGAUAAUGGAGGACAGCAAGAUUGGAACACAUGUGACGACCGUUAGUGCUCUCAGCCGCUCUGCCCUUAUUUAUGAUAUCACCAGAGGCAACGAGGGCCACUACUUCUUCAUCAACCAUCAUACCGGCGUGAUCAUGACUCGCAAGCUGCUCGACUUUGAGCAAACAACAUCCUACUUUCUGGUGGUGCAUGCCCUGAGCAUGGCUGGAGUGGAGGCCAGCACCACUGUCAUUGUCCAAGUGGGCGACGUGAACGACAACCCGCCUGUGUUCCAGCAAAUCAGGUACGUGGGUGCAGUUAGUGAAGCUGCUCCGGUCAAUAGUGUGGUCCUUGGAGAGGACGGCAACCCUUUGGUCAUCCAAGCAACUGAUAAAGACCGCCAUCACAAUGCCCUGCUGGUGUUCCAGAUCAUAGAUGAGACGGCCCGCAUGUUUUUCAGCGUGGACUCCGGGACAGGGUCGAUUCGAACGAUCGCCAAUCUAGACUACGAAACGUUCUCCGAGUUCCUGUUCCGAGUUCACGUCCGAGACAGCGGUCAGCCGGCUCGAACCGCAGACAGCCCAGCAGAAGUGGUUAUAAAAGUGAUCAACAUCAAUGAUUCACCCCCAAAGUUCUUCCAGGACACGUACGAGACGGUGCUCCUGCUGCCGACAUACGUGGGAGUCGAGGUGCUUCGGGUUGAGGCUUUCGACCCCGACAUGUCCUCCGACCCCAGCCUGAACUCUGACAAAUCUACCUCAUCACGGCUUGUUUACUCUCUGGUGGACAGCAGUGUGGAGUACUUUGCAGUGGAGCGCUACACUGGAGUCGUGACCGUCAUCAAUCAAAGUCUGAGUAAAGACCGUUAUCGCUUCAAUGUGAAGGUCUGGGAUGGACGCUACUCCAGCAUCGCCUCGGUCACAGUGCUUGUCCGAGAAGCCAUCGACAGUGGCUUCCUCUUCACCUUCCCGAUCUACUCCGCCUCCAUCCCAGAGAACGCGCCCAACGUCACUCUAGUGACCGUCGUCAACACCGUUGGCCACCGCCUCAACGAGCCGCUGAAGUACAACCUGCUGAACCCCGGCGGGCGCUUCACCAUCCGGCCCACGUGCGGCGUGGUGCUCACCACCGGCGUGCCGUUCGACCGGGAGGAGAGGGGGAGUUAUGAACUGGUGGUGGAGGUCAGCAGAGAAGAUGAGAUACUGAGGGUGGCCAGGGUGCUGGUGCAAGUUCAGGUGGAGGACAUAAACGACAACACCCCAGAGUUCGUGAACCUUCCCUACUACGCUGUAGUGCAGGUGGAGGCUGAGCCAGGCUCAGCUGUUUUCAGGGUUUCGGCCACAGACCGAGACUUCGGCCUGAACGGAGAAGUGACUUACAGCCUGAAGGAGCAGCACAGGAACUUUCAGGUGAACCCGGUGACAGGAGAGCUGAGCUUGAAGAGAGCCUUCGAAGCAGACUUGUCUACUGCAGAGUACACCGUGACCCUGGUGGCCACCGACGGCGGCUUCCCCCCUCUGUCCAGCGAGGUGGAGCUUCCCAUCACCGUAGUGAACAAAGCCAUGCCGGUGUUCGACAAGCCUUUCUACGGCGUCACUGUGAAAGAGGACGUGCCCGUCGCCACGUCUGUUCUGUGUAUCAACGCCAGCAGUCCGGAGGGCCAGAGCAUCAUCUUCACCAUCACGGACGGAGAUCCUUCUCGGCAGUUUGACAUCGGCUUCGACACGGGAAUCAUCAGUGUGAUUUACCCGCUGGACUACGAGACCACGCAGUACUACCGGCUAACGGUGAAAGCUACGGACACGCUGACCGGAGCCAAGUCGGAGGUCGACGUGGACAUUGUGAUGCUGGAUGUGAACGACAACCCGCCGCUCUUUCAGAAUACUUCAUACUCUGCUGUGCUGCCAGAGAACUCCAUGAUUGGAACAGCUGUGUUACAGGUGUUCGCUCAGGACCAAGACUCAGACAAAAACGCUGCGGUGAGUUACCAGAUCCUGUCUGACAUCUACAACAGCACCGACUACUUCAGCAUCGACUCCAGCAGCGGGCUGGUAUUCACGGCACGCCUGCUCGACUAUGAGCUGACCCAGCGCUACAACUUCAUUGUGAGAGCGACGGACAGCGGGGAGCCUGCCCUCAGCAGCGACGUCAGCGUCACCGUUACUGUUACCGACACAAACGACAACCCGCCCAACUUCAGCCUGGCGGUGUACGAGGCCUUCGUCAGCGAGCUCGCUCCGAGAGGACACUUCGUGACUUGUGUUCAGGCGUCCGACGCCGACAUCUGUGACGCUCGCAGGCUGAGGUACAGUGUUCUCUCAGGGAAUGAGAAAAUGACUUUUUUGAUGGAGCCUGAUACAGGGGUGCUACGUCUGUCUAACAAGAGGAGACAAGGCAUGAAACUGGCGCAUCAGCUCAAUGUGUCCGUGUCAGAUGGAGUCUUCACUAACACUGCUCAGGUCAUUGUACGUGUCUUGGGCGCUAACCUGUACAGCCCAGUUUUCAGUCAGAGGUUUUAUCUGGCUGAGGUCCAGGAGAAUUCUCCCCCAGGGUCAAAGGUCAUUCAGGUCCGUGCAACAGAUGAAGACUCUGGGCUGUAUGGCCAGAUCACGUACUCCUUCAUCAAUGAUCUGGGGAAAACUCAGUUUUCUAUCGAUGCAGAUGGGGUCAUAUCAACUCUACAAAAACUGGACAGAGAAAAUCCUCUCAACAAAGACAUGGUGUUGACUGUUAUGGCCUUGGAUGGCGGAGGCCGAGCGUCGUUCUGCACAGUGCGAGUGGUUCUCGCAGACGAGAAUGACAACGCUCCUCAGUUCAGAGCGGUGGAGUACCGCAUGAGCAUUAAAGCAAAUGUUGCCAAAGGUUCUCUGGUCACUCAAAUUCAGGCCACUGACCCUGAUGCCGGCUCUAAUGGAAGGAUCACCUACUCCCUGUACAGUGAAGCGCGCCUCUCACUGGUGGAUGUCCUGGAGGUGGAGCCAGACAGUGGCUGGAUGAUGACUAAAAGCACAGUGGAUCACCUCCAGGGCACCGUGCUGUCCUUCUUCGUCAAGGCCACUGACGGAGGCUCCCCGCCCAAACACUCGCUGGUGUCAGCCUUCAUCCACGUCGUCCCACCCGAUGCAUUCGUCCCCUCGUUCAGCCAGCCUCAGUACUCCUUCACCAUCCCCGAGGACACCGCCGUGGGGACGGCCCUGGGCUCCGUCUACAUGGGUCCGGGACAGACGGGGUUCUUCACCGUGGUCGGAGGAGAGACGGUCGACAGCAACAAGGACGGGACCUUCCUGGUGGAGAGGGAGACGGGCCUGAUCCGGCUGGUGAAGCCGCUGGACUAUGAACAAGUCAACAUUUUCCGCUUCAAGGUUGCGGCGACAACAAGGAGAGAUCUGAUCGAGUCUCUGUCCACCGUGGACCUGGAGGUUAAGAUUCUAGAUGUGAAUGACAACAAGCCAGUGUUUGAGACGAACACAUACGUGGCCACAGUGAUGGAGGGGAUGCCGUUAGGGACCAGAGCGGUUCAAGUGCGUGCGCUCGAUCCAGACUGGGGCUCCAAUGGACAGGUAACCUACAGCCUCGGGCCUCUACUAACGUACAACAGGGACCUGACAAAAGACGGAGGCUCCCCCACUGAGCCUAUCACUUCAAGUUCAGUCUUCGCCAUCGACAGUAAAACUGGCUGGAUCACCACGGUGAGUCAGAUGGACCACGAGGCCUGCUCCAGCUACAGCUUUGAAGUCGUGGCCUUUGAUCUGGCCGAGAUACAGCCUCUCUCCUCCACCACGGUGGUCACCAUCACGGUGUCGGACGUCAACGACAACCCGCCGCGGUUCGAGCGGGAGCUGUACCGGGGUGCGGUGAAGGAGAGCGAUCCCCUCGGCGAGGUGGUGGCCGUCCUCAAAACCAAGGAUCGAGACGGCACGGAUCAAAACCGCCUGGUCAGCUUUUAUAUCACUGGGGGAAACUCUCGGGGCGUGUUCGGCCUGGCUCUGGUGCAGGGGGAGUGGAAGGUUUAUGUGAGCGGUCUGCUGGACCGUGAGCAGCAGGACUGGUAUCUGCUGAACAUCACGGCCAGCGACGGGCUCUACGUCGCUCGCACCGCAGUGGAAGUCACUGUGAUGGAUGCCAAUGACAACAGUCCCAUUUGCAACCAGGCGGUGUACAGUGCGUCUUUUCCAGAGGACAUUCCCACUAACAAGGGCAUUCUGACCGUGGGGGCAACAGAUGCUGACUCAGGCUCCAGCGCUGAGAUUCAGUAUUCCCUGUUUGGCAUUGGAGUAGAAGAUUUCUACAUGGACGCAAACACGGGUGAGUUGCGCACAGCCACGGCGAUGGACCGAGAAGUGACACCCACCUACAAACUCAUCGCUCAAGCAACUGAUGGGGGAGGACUGUUCUGCCGGUCUGACAUUUCACUCAAAGUGUUGGACGUGAACGACAACGCCCCCUCAUUCUCUUCCUCUUACUUCCUGGCGAGUGCAUAUGAGAAUGCCGCCCCUAAGACUUUGCUCACACGAUUGCAAGCGAGCGACCCCGACGAAGGUCUUAACCGCACAGUCAUCUAUUCCCUGUUGGAUUCAGUCGGCGGAGUGUUCUCCAUCGAUCCUGUUACCGGAAUAGUAAUUUUGGAGAAGUCUUUGGACAGAGAGAGCAGAGAUUCUUAUCGUCUUCGCGUCCAGGCCUCCGAUCGAGCCGCCCAACAGGGGGCGCUAUCCUCUCAGGUUGAUUUGACCAUUCUGGUGCUGGAUGUGAAUGACAACGCUCCAGUCUUUCAGAGGAGGGACUAUGCUGUUACCGUUCCCGAAGACGUUGCUGUGGGGACUGAGGUGAUGCGUGUGUUGGCGACGAGCGCCGACAUCGGGCCGAACGCAGAGAUCACCUACACCAUCCGCUCAGGAAACGAGCUGAGGAAGUUCUCCAUAGACAGAAAACUGGGAUCUAUUUCAGUGGCUGAUGAUUUGGACUUUGAGGUAUGUAAGGAUUACUACCUCACAAUUGAGGCCUGGGACAAUGGGAACCCGCCUCUCAGCACCGCUACGAUGGUGACUAUUGAACUGAUGGACGUCAAUGAUAACGCUCCGGCCUUCAGUCAGGAUAUCUACAACGUGCUGGUCAGCGAGGACGCGUCCGUUGGGCAGACAAUUACAAAGGUCUCAGCAGAGGACCUGGACAGCCAGGUGAAUGGGCGAAUCACAUAUUCCAUCCUGAAAGGUGACCGGAGUAACCACUUCUGGAUCGACCCCGUCACAGGACUGCUCAAAGUCAAUAAGAGGCUUGACAGAGAGCUGGUAUCCAGGUACUCUUUGUCGGUGCAGGCCUUCGACAGCGGCUCUCCUGCCAUGUCGUCCACAGUCACGGUAAACAUCGACAUCUCCGACGUUAACGACAACCCUCCUGUCUUCAGCCCUCCCAACUCCACCGCCGUCAUACAGCUAAACCAAGCUGCCAGCAGCACCCUGCUGAAGCUGUCGGUAAGCGAUAAAGACUCUCCCAGAAACGGGCCUCCGUUCGAGUUUCGCAUCGUGUCUGGGAACGAGGGGAGUUUCUUCUCCUUGGAUCAAACUGGGACUCUGAGGUCCAGCCGGGUUCUGGGACCUGAGGCACCCCGAGAGUUCACUCUUGAAAUUCAGGCAAGAGACUCCGGGAAGCCGAGUCUCGCCUCGUCGUCCUGGGUGUUCCUGAGAGUCAUCGGGAACAGUCAGUACAAGCCCACCGUCUCCCCGUUAGAAAUCUUCAUUGUCAUGGUUACGGAUACCUUCCCGGGUGGCCCAGUUAGUCGGAUCUACGCAACCGACCGUGACCCCAAUGACGUCCUGUCAUUUACUCAGAAACCUCAGCCCAAGAGCAUGUUCAAGAUCAACAGGCAGGAUGGCAGCAUUGUGGCUCUGCCGGGUCUGGAGCCCGGCAGAUAUCAGAUGAAUGCGACGGUGAGCGAUGGACGGUUUGCUGUGAUAGCUGACGUGUCGGUCCAGGUGGAGCAGGUGACGGACGUCCUGCUGCGCAGUGCCCUCACCUUACGGUUCAGCUCCCUGUCCCCCGACAACCUACUCAGUCGCUACCUGAGCCAAAUCAAGCUAACGUUACGCGGACUGGCAGGUUGGAAAUGGUCACCCGGACAGCCAGAUCCUCUCCACAUACUCAGUCUGCAGCCGGUGACGGGAACCUCAGACACCGACUUGCUCCUAGCGAUGGAAAGGCCGGAGACUUUGGGCGGCGGGCGAGUCGGGGGCUUCUAUUCCCCGCUGGAGCUGUCCGCAAAGCUGGAGCAAGCAGCAGCGCGGGGCCUGAUCCGAGGGGUCCUGGCCGGGGCGGUGGCGGUGAGCAGUGCCUGCUCCGGGGAGCUGGAGUGUGGGGAUCGAGUGUGUGAAAACACACUGAUAAUGGAGAGCGGGUCACCUAUGACCUACAGCACGGACAGGGUGAGCUUGGUGUUGCCGAGGUUCGGGCGCACUGAGACCUGCGUCUGCCCUGGAGGGACAUGCCCCACCCCUGUGGAGCUGUGUGAAGGUCAGUCCUGUCCGGCAGACAUGCAGUGUGUCCGCUCUGGUCCUACAGCACCAUCUGUCUGCCAGUGUCAGCCCGAGAGGCUGGACGAUUGUGCAGGCCAAACCUCUCUGAGCUUCUCUGGAAACAGUUAUAUCAAGUACAGAGUGACGGCGAGUGGCCAGAGCGGCGAGAUGAAGCUCGGCCUGAGGAUACGAACACUUCAGAGAAGAGGCGUCAUUAUGUUCACGCGCGUUAAUCCCUGCACUAUGCUCAAGAUUGAAGGCGGUCGACUCUGGUUCCAGUUAGACUGUGACAACACCCUUGGCAUUAUGGGUAUCUCUGGCAGGCCAAUAAAUGAUGGCCUCUGGCAUUCAGUUGCCUUGGAACUGACCAGGAACUACACCCUCCUGUCGCUGGAUGACAGCUACGUGGAACGGCGCCGAGCAGCCCGGGCUCCCGUGCGUCUUUGGCCUCUGGCUCCAGACUCAUCAUUUUUCUUUGGGGCCCAAGUGAGGCCACUGAUUGGGCAGGGCGAGAGGCCAAGCCCGGGGCCGGGCAGGGGCCAAGCGGUGCCGGGACCUGGCGAUCGGGGGGCGAGGGGUCCUCCGAGAGCUCAGGACGGCUUCCAGGGCUGCCUGGGCUCGCUGAUGUUGAACGGUAAUGAGCUGCCGCUGCAGAAUAAGAGGAGCCGCUACGCUGAAAUAGCCGGGCUCAACGAGGUCAAGCUGGGCUGCGUGCUCUAUCCAGAUCCAUGCAUCAGCCAGCCCUGCCUCAACGGCGCCAUCUGCAGCAGCCUGCCCUCUGGAGGGUUCAUGUGCAGUUGCAGUGUUGGAUUCACUGGGGGGCGCUGUGAAGUUGAACUGACGUCCUGCAUGCCAAACCCAUGCCUGAACGGUGGGGACUGUAAACCUGUGGGCUCUGCCUUUGUCUGUGGAUGUCCUGGAGGAUUCGGGGGAAUUGUAUGUGACGAGGAUUUGAAUGAGUGCGACCAGGACGGCUGCGGAGCCGGAGGAGCGUGCGUCAACACGUUCGGGUCGUUCUACUGCAACUGUUCAGACGGAUACGAGGGUCAGUUCUGUGGCGAUCAGACGCCUGGCGAUCCGGGAGACGACACGCAGGCUGAGCCUUUGUCGUAUGUUGGACCGGGAGAGAUAAUUGGCAUCGGGGUUCUGGGCUUUGUCAUAAUUUUCCUCCUCAUACUCUUCGUCGCCUUUCGGAAAAAAAUCAAGUUCAGGAAGGAGUCAGACCCGGGCCCGGGCGCUCAGGCCGCGAUGGGCAUCUCAGCAAUUUCCUCAGAAACGAGCUACAUGCUGCGCAAGACCGGCAUGGGGGCGGAGGGGAUCGAGUUCAAGGCCGUGCGACUGUCAGGUUCACCGGGACCAACGGGCACGUACGGGGAAGUUGGGGGCGGCGCCGGGGGUCCGCCGCAGGUCAUGGUGCGUCCGACUGCCCACUCCCCACUACCAGGAGGAAUCAGCAACCCGUGCAUGAGGGGCGGGGAUGGAGACAGGACCACUUCCAGCGAGAGCAGCCAGAUGAGCAGCUUCCUCUCAGACAUGUCUAAUAUCCGAGGGGUGGCGAACCGGAGGGGCAUCGCCGUGUGCAGCGUGGCGCCCAACCUGCCGUCGGCCGCGGCCGCCCGCCCGGAACACAGCCCCGUCCACAAGGUGUCCUGGGAAGGCGAAGAAGCGCGGGAGAAGGGCCUGGAGAGGCCCCGAGACGAGCGGGAGGAAGAGUGGGGGCAGAGAGCUUUUGAGCUGGAGAGAACACAGAGAGGAAACAGUCCGCAGGAGCUGGCGGACGAGGUGCCCAGUCUGUCAGACUCCACCUGUGAGGAGCGGUCUCUCAGUUCCUACACCUCGGAGUCUUUUGACGACAACGCCUCCAUAGUGACAGUCAUACGUCUCGUCAACGAUGCUGUUGAUAACAUUGAAAGUGAAGUGUCAAACAUGGACAAAGAACAGCGUCGGAACAGCCCUGCAAGUCGCCACCUGCAGAGCAAAGAUGAAAUUUGUGUAGAGUUCAUCAAAGAGUACAUUGUGGAUUCAUACCGGUGGGAGUCUUCCUGUCAGACUUCAAGCUGGGUGUCUCCAUCACGUCUGCGUCUGCCCGAAGCAGCGUCGCAUUACGACCUCAGUGACACGCAGCAGAACAUCAGGCGUGGGGGAAGCACGCGCUCUCUGCAGCUGGACUACAGAGUGAUGGGCUACAGCGGCGACAGGGGCCGCGAGCCGGGACAGGAGCCCUCGCGGAGGGCUUUCCAGUGGGAGAGGAAUCAGUCCGGCGAGUGGGAGAGGAAACGCGCCGUCGACAGAGAAGAAAAGAGGAAGCACGACGCAGCGGGAAAGAACGCAGGUGUCAGGAGCAGAGACCUGGGGUUACACCGGGAUCGCAAGCAGUCGCACGACCACGACAGCUGCGAAGACAGCUCCUCGCCCGUUUACGAGGAAUACCGAGAGUCGGGGCGCGAUCCGGAGCAAGAUGAAGACAGGGAGAGCCUUUACGACACCCUACCUCCAACCCGGCGGGCGUACGAAGGAUACCCGUCCAGCCCGCCGGGCCUCAACCUGCACCCGGCUCAACUUCUGCCUCCGCUCCGGGCGUGGGAUCUACAGACAGGCGAGUGGCGGCAGUCGGAGGAGGAUCACGGAACGCUCGGCUCCAGCAAUCUGACCGGCUCCGGAGACGAGCUGGAGAGACUACUGAACCUGGUGUCGCUCCGGGCGAGGAGAGCCACACGAACAAACAGAGCGUCGACUGGAUCUGAACCCGCCGGAGGAUGGGAUGGAUUCAAAUGAAGACACCAGUCUGUUAAAAACAUACAAACUCAAUAUCCCUUUAUCUCCUCCUCCCACUCCCUUUACGUUUCAGAGGAGACAGUGUGAUCCUCUUUGAUUAUACUUGACAUUUAUAAUAAUACACAACUGGUCCACUGUCUAAAAAUAAUUGAAGAAGAAAAUUACCAUAUAUACUUUUACUAUCCCACGUUAUUAUCCUGGUGUAAACAAACGCUAAUCCAACACCAAUCCCUUGGCUCAUUUAUAAGCUGGAGGCAUAAGAGGAAAUAGAUGUGAUCUCCAGACGCCUUCACCUGAGCUGCAUGAGAGUUUGGCUGUGAAUCAAUUGUUUUACAUUUAUUAUUUAGAGUUGCUGAAGCGCGUCGUUUGGAGCCCAUGUGUCUCUGUUUUAGAUCAUACCGUCGUAUGCACAUAAGUUAUCGUGUAUUUCACCUCACGUUCUGUUAGAUCACACACAUACGGGCAUAGGCAAUUGCUUUGUUAAGUCAACCAUGUAACGCCUAAUGCAUUUAUUAUUUUUUCUGAGUCACGCUCUGGGUUGUUUCACAGAGAACCAUCCGCCCACAUCUCAGACAUAGCCUGAGAGCUGUUAUUAAGAUUAGCAAAUGUUGAUACCAGGGGAUCUACACUUAAUCAUUUAAUUAUUCUUUGAUUUUUUUUUUUUUUUUAGCAACUUUGCUAUUCAUUAUGUGAUUUGCACCUCUUCACAAACACACACAUCCUGGGUAUUCAGU